CACUGGUCCUUUCCAAAGCAGACCAUCAGCAUGAGACCGACUUGAACCCUUGUUCCCAAUGAGUAGCAUUUUCAGAGACUUCCAUGAGGCCCAGCGGGUUGGAAAUGGUCGUCUUCUCGCCUCGACUCUUGAACCUAUCAACACAGCCCAAGACGUCGAUCGCCUGGAAUCGUUUGCCAACUUGUUCAACCACCAGUCCGUCACAGCGGAUGUGAGACACUACCUAGUCCACGACAGAAAUGCUGUCAAAUUGCCCAAAGUUGAAAUAAAUGCAUGGGUGGACAUCUUCGUGGCAUUCUGGAAAGCCGUCAGAGAAAUCUCUGCCGGCAAUGCGAGAUAUGACUCUCCGGAUUUCUCGAAAGCUUUCGAAGCCUACAAAGAAUUAUGCAAUCUCUUGAUCCGAGGAUAUACCAACUUUGGCUUCCAGUCUUGGACAGUGCCAUGCCUUUCAGCGGCAGGAAAGUACCUCAGAGUCAUCGCCAUAAAGGCGGACAGUCAGGGAAAGUCCAAAGACACCAAUGGUGAUGUAUUUGCCAAUGGGUUUUCCGACGACAUUAUGGGCGAUACCAACAAAAACAAGAAUCUGGAACAAGCAGCAUGGAUCAUCAAUCGAAUGUUCACAGUCUGCCUGAGCGAUCGAUCAGAAUUGGCCGAGUCACGGAAGUGGGGUAUCUACAGCACCACGAAUCUCCUCUUCAAGACGUACUUUAAGCUGAACUCGAUUUCACUGACCAAGAAUGUUCUGCGUGCUCUUGAAGCCACUGGUGGAGAUCUCCCACCUCUGGAACUCUUCCCAAAGUCUCAAAGAUGCACUUUCAAAUACUAUCGAGGUGUCAUUGAUUUUUUACAAGAGAACUACUCUGACGCGGAGGAUAAUUUGACCGAAGCGCUGAACUUGUGCCACCAGGAUGCCUUGAAAAAUCGAGAACGAAUACUUACAUAUCUGAUCCCAGCACAUGUGGUGAAUCAUCAUCAAUUACCAACCAGCGAAUUCCUUACACCAUAUCCAACACUGCAAAAGAUGUUUAUGCCACUGUUUGAAGCCAUCAAAAAGGGCUCAUUGGCCUCCUUCGAUGAACACCUCGCAGCUUAUGAGCCAGAACUGGUUAAGCGUCGGAUAUACUUGACGUUAGAGAGGACUCGAGACAUCUGUUUACGAAAUCUGUUUCGAAAGGUGUUUCUCGCAGCUGGGUGGGAGGAGACCAAAGACGUCUCGACCGGUGAAGUAACGAGCAAGAUCAGAAGAACCAGAAUCCGAAUCGAAGAGUUUGAAGCUGGAAUGCGAGUAGGCUACAAAGGUGCUACAGACGUCAUGAUUGAUCGAGAUGAAGUGGAGUGUUUUUUGGCGAACGCAAUAUACAAGAACUUGAUGAAGGGAUACAUUGCACGGGACAGGGGAAUAGUGGUUCUGAGUAAAAGUGGCGCAUUCCCCGGCACCAAACUUUGAACUAUACCAUCCUGGCAUGAACAACGACUUCUCACAUGACCACAUGCGCUCCCAUCCUCGCAGGCUAGAUACAUUGUAAGGCAAAUACCAAUUAGUGCCCAACAACAACGACGACGACUCAGCUUCGUCCCAUGUCACACAAUACCAUCGGGACAUGACAGGCAUGAGAAACAUAUGUAUGAUACCUACAUACUACAGCACACGUCUGUUUUAUGGAGCUCAGCCGCAUGUUGCCUCCCAAAACUCACCAUCAUACAUACCAGAGCACACAUGCUCGAUGUUUGACACGAUCUCGAUCUCGAUCUCGACCCGGCCUUGAGCACUAGAAUUCAGUCACUGCCUGCGGACUCCUCAACAUAAGCAGGCUACCAUACGGAAGUAAGGCGGCAUCUCGCAUACAAUAAUACAUCAGUGCACCGGCGCACAACACAUGCGCAACCACAACUACAAUCGUGUUCCACUGACUCAUCCAUGUGAGAUGGUGAAGGAAGGGCUGUGGCUGAAAUGAUAGGUUAUUAUCCUCCGAACCGAGUACAGCGCUAGUAGCGAAACCCAAAUUCGACACGAAGGAGAAGGAAUCCCGGGGCGAUAAUGUACUGUAACAUGGCACGCAGGGAUGGACUGGCCCGGCUGGACAGUUUUUAUUUUUGCCUUGCUUGGUCUAUCUGCUGCUAUCCAUUUCUCAGUCUCAGUCUCUGGACGUGGAUGUGGGUGUCCGGGUAUCACACUCCAAAUCGCCAUUCAUCAUGUGCCUGACGUGCUUCUUUGCACGUGGACUAGAUGCAAAUCUCUACAGCCCUGGAUCCCCUCUUCAUUAUUGACAUGGAUCCACAUGUCAGGCCAGACUAUGGAGUUUUCUUGAUGUUGUGACCAGAGGAGCACACGAGUCAGCCAGUCACACACAAGACCUGGGAAGCUGGGUGAACGGGGGUGUCAAGGUCUCACCUUUCUAUGAUAUUUCUUGUAUGACGAGACAUUAUAUAGCAUACUACGGCAUACUAUAGGAGAAUCCAAG